AAGACAGGUGCAGGUUAUGGCGACGUGAAACUCCGGUACCGUGAGGUACCUGCCGGAAUUUGCGAGCUUCAGCCUGGCGUGAAGAGCUACUCCGGUUAUGCCGACAUCGCGGAGAACAAACACAUCUUCUUCUGGUUCUUCGAGGCCAGGAACGUCGAUCCCAAAAAUGCACCGUUGACGGCUUGGAUCUCCGGCGGGCCCGGAGAUUCGUCAAUGGCAGAGCUUUUCACCGAACAUGGCCCCUGCCGUGUGCGACCGGAUGAAGAGCUCCAUUACAAUCCUUUCUCUUGGAACAACUACAGCAAUGUGAUAUACAUUGAUCAACCACUCCACGUGGGAUUUUCAUACACCAAUCUCGUCCCAGGGUACCUCGGCUACGAUGAGGAGAACGAAGAUGACAACAUUAUCGAGCUGGGCCCGAACGAAUCAUGCCCGAAGGAUGCAGAGCAGUGCGGCUGCUUCUCCAAACCUGAUCCUGAUACCACCGCCAAUAGCACGAUCAAUGCCGCACCGGAUUUCUGGUUAACCCUGCAAGCAUUCAUGGGAACAUUUCCGCAGUACUCGAACAAUGGCUUCCACUUCGGCAGCGAAAGCUACGGAGGUCACUAUGUUCCGGUCAUCAGCAAGUACAUUCAAGACCAGAACAAGGCCCAGCCUAGUGCGCGCCAUAUCGAUCUGAAAUCGAUCCUGAUCGGGAAUGGAUGGUUCUCUCCGCAACGACAGCACAAGUCUUUCUACGAUUAUGGGUUCGAGCCUGGUAGCCCGUACGACUUGGCACCACUCGACGAUGAGGUCAAAAAGGGGGUGCAUGACAGUUAUUAUGGAAAGGGAAACUGUUUGGACCUGCUGAAGAAAUGUGAGGCAACCGGUACGAACGAAGACUGCCGGAAAGCAGACGCAUACUGUGGCAAGAAUGUUCAAACCCCGUGGAUCACGGCUUCCAAGCGAAACACCAACGAUGUUCGCGAGAUUGACCCUUCGCCCUUUCCCAAUUCGUUCUAUGCCGACUACCUACAGAACUCGACCGUCCGUGAAGCUAUCGGUGCACUCCAGACCUACAUCGAGCUCAACCCUGUCGUCGGCAUCGCCUUCGACUUGACCGGAGAUGAUGCUCGCGAGUUGGGCAUCAUCGACAUCCUGGGCGGACUAGUCAAGGACGGCGUCAAGGUUGUUCUCUACGCUGGCGAUGCCGACUACGAGUGCAACUAUAUGGGAGUCGAAGCCUCCGCCGAAGCAGUCGGCGUCCCAGGCUUUGACAAGGCUGGGUACACGGACAUCCGCACGCCCGACUGUGUCACCCAUGGUCAAGUGAGGCAAGCCGGCGGUCUCAGUUUCGUCCGCGUGUACGAAGCGGGUCAUGCUGCCGGUGCAUUCCAACCUCUCCUCCUCCAGACGAUGUUCGCCAGAACAAUCGCCGGCGUGAACAUCGCAUCCGGAACCAACGAAAACUUGCCCAGCCAGCCACACAGCACCUACCGUGAGGGUAACGGCACCGUGCAGUACGUCAAGUGGUCGGAGAAAUCCACCUACAACACUACCUCCAACACGCCG